ACCAAGCAAGAAGAGGCUUUGCAAGAAAAUUAAAAACUUCGCUGUCAAUGAACGAACUGUCAUAACAAACCAAAAUAACCUCAAAAGAUGUAUUUUGCGAAAAAUUCAAACAUUUUGUGUAAUAAAUACGGAAGACUUGUAUUAAAAUGGAAUUACACGAGUUGUGUACGCGUCAAAAGUACGGCCGCACCAAAGACCAAAACAUAUUCUCACACUAUUCUUUCUCCAAAGACCGAUUUUCCUACUCGUUCGAAUAACGCGAUAAAGGAAAAUAUUCAAAAGACUGCUCAGUUUACAGAACUAUAUAACUGGCAAAGGCAACACCUUAAAGGGCCUGAGUUCGUACUACAUGAUGGUCCUCCGUAUGCUAAUGGAGAUUUACAUAUGGGCCAUGCUGUGAACAAGAUAAUCAAAGACAUAAACAAUAGGAGCCAAGUGCUCCAAGGCAACAGAGUGCAUUACAUCCCUGGCUGGGACUGUCACGGUCUACCCAUAGAGCUCAAAGCUCUACAAAAGGCAAAGAAAUCAUCCACAAACAGCCAAAUCUCAGACUCAGUACAUAUAAGAGAAAUCGCAAGAACAUUUGCUUUAGAAACUGUUGAAAAACAAAAGGAUGCAUUUAAAAAAUGGGGUGUCAUGGCCGACUGGGAUGAACAAUGCUAUUUAACGCUAAAUAAAGGAUAUGUACAGAAUCAGUUAAGGCAGUUCCAUAAGAUGUAUAAGUCUGGGUUAAUAUUUCGGGCAUUAAAACCUGUUUAUUGGUCGCCUUCUUCCAAAACAGCUUUAGCAGAAGCAGAGUUAGAAUAUGAUCCUCAGUUCAAAAGCAAAGAAGUUUAUGUAAGAUUCCCACUGGAAAAUGUAUCUAACAUAAUCAAAGAUGCUGCUAAAGGCAAGAACAUCUCAGCCAUAAUCUGGACGACCACACCUUGGACGCUAGUGGCAAACCGAGCGAUCUGCUACAAUCCUCAGAUGAAGUACAGCAUUGUGUCUCUCGGUGGAAGACCAGACCUAUUCCUAGUUGCCAGUGGACUGGUCCAGCAGUUACAGGAGGUUCUGAAGGUGGAAAUUAAUGUGGUUGCCGAGUUUGAUGGCCAACACCUACAAGGUACGACCUACCAUAACAAGCUUGUGAACCAAACAUUACCAUUCCUGGAGGGGGACCACGUGACCGACGUGAAAGGGACAGGGCUAGUACACACUGCGCCGGCGCACGGACCGGAAGACUUCCUUGUCGCUUUGAAGAAUAAUAUGAUUGUGGAAUGCAACGUAGACGAAUCAGGUCGUUACACCAACUUAGACCAAGAGUUAAAUGGUCUACCAGUGUUAUCUGAAGGUCAGGAGCUGGUGAUUACCAGACUGGGUGAUGACGUCAUGCAUAGAGAUGUGUUUGUCCACUCGUAUCCCCUGGACUGGAGGACGAAGAAGCCGGUCAUCAUCAGAGCCAGCCAGCAGUGGUUCAUUGAUACUGCCGCGUUGAAGGAUAAAGCUUUGGCAGCGCUAGAAAAAGUAGAAAUCCUCCCACCGUCCAGCAGUGACCAGUAUCGGCAGGGAUUCAGAGCCCAGCUGGAGAAGAGACCGUACUGGUGUAUAUCCCGGCAGAGGGCGUGGGGGGUGCCUAUACCUGCACUGUAUAAUCGGGAUAGUGUUCUCGUGGACGAACGCAUCAUAGACAAGCUCUGCUCUAUGAUAGAGUCGCGCGGCGCUGACGUGUGGUGGACUUGUGACGUCACUGAGUUACUGCCCGAUGACGUCAUCAAAGAACAUAAGUUGGAUGCCCACGAUGUUACUAAAGGCAAGGACAUAAUGGACAUAUGGCUGGACUCUGGUCUAUCAUGGAGCACCCUGCAUGGUCGCACCGCUCGGUUAUACUCUGAGGGAGUGGACCAGUUGACUGGAUGGUUCCAAGCAUCACUGCUUACCUCGCUAGCGUUGACUGGGGAGGCGCCUUAUAAGUCAAUAUUCGUCCACGGCUUUGUAGUUGACGACAAGAAGCGCAAGAUGUCGAAGUCUAUAGGCAACGUGAUAGACCCCAUAACGAUCAUAAAAGGUGGGAAGGGGUCUAACCAACCGGCCUAUGGCAUUGAUACUCUUCGAUGGUGGGUAGCAAGCCAUGCAACGCAGCAUUCCCAAAUCGUAGUCAGUAAAAAACUCCUAGAUGAUUGUCAAGCAGAACUAAUCAGAAUAAGAAACAUUAUGAAAUACCUCCUAGGCGUAGUUUCGGACGUUCAAAUAGACGAUUUUUCGAAAAUCCCAACACUUAACUAUUUCGAUAGCUAUAUGGUCAAAGAAUCAGAUAUAUUUGUCAACCAAAUAAAUGAGCAUUAUAAUAAUUUCAGAUAUAACCAUGUAGCACAGAGUAUACUACAUUUUAUAAGCAACAAAGUCUCAGCUUUGUAUUGCCACUGCAUAAAAGACAGGUUAUAUUGCUCCCAAAAAUAUUCCAACGAACGACUCUCAGCGCAAUUAGUAGUACACACGAUUCUAGUCUCUCUAUGCAAAGCUUUAGGGCCUAUUUUGCCGCAUCUAAUAGAAGAAGUCUGGCAAUAUCAUCCUUUGUAUAAAAAACCUUUUUAUUUUACUCAAGACUUGUCAAUUUUGCCGCCAAAAGACGUAGAUAUGUCAUUGAUGGACGCCAUAUUGGAUUUGAAAAGAGAAAUAUGUGUUUUAGCGAAGAAUGAAAAUUUGAAGAAGCUUGAAGCUAAUAUAGUAUUAAAUUCCGAUAUUUAUGAUAAGUUAAAUGUACUAAAUAAAACCGAUGGUGUAAACGAUAGCGUUUUGUGCGAGAUUUUAGAACUGUCAGCUGUCAGUUUGACAGUAAAAAAUGGCGGGAAUAGUUCGCUUGUUGAGUUGUCACAGAGUAAAAAAGGUCAGUGUUUGAGGUGCAGAAAGUAUAAUGUUGUUGAUAAUAGCGAUAAGUGUGUUAGAUGUGAUCAUGUUUUGAGCAAAAUUUAAAUUAAAUAUGUGUAAAUAUUGUAUUAAACUAGUACUUAGAUCAUUAUUAUUAUUUACUAGC